UGACUAAAAAGUCGUAUGAUUAAACUAUUAAAGUAUUCUUUAUUGUAAAGAAUUUGAAAUUGACGACAUAUGGGAAUACUAACGUCAAGAUCAGCAAUGAAACCCUACGUUCCUCGAGGACUUGACUUUUUCCUGAUCUGGAUUCUAUUUCAAAAGGCUGAUUCUUUUCUUAAAAGUGGCAGAAAAGGAUUUUAUUUGGAGCACACCCUGAAUAACUGGACACAAGCUUCAGAGAGUUGUAACCUGGUGGUGUCCAAUAGAUCACUCUUUAUUGGUCUUCCAAUCACAGAUAUUCCAAUUCUCAAAUCUACAACCUCCGAUCAAUCUAUAGAGCUUCAACAGAGUGGUCUUCAUUGGAUAGGCGCUACAGGGACAUUCACACCAUGGUUUGAACUGCUUGGUUGCUUUCUGUAUAAAUUCGUUGAGAAGAACGCGAGUAUCACUGAUUCUACAUCAAUUACCAGCCCAUUCACAAAGUGUUAUGAGAUAUGUAAAGAAUAUUCCUUUUUUGGGAUAAACGAUGCAAUUUGUUUCUGUGCAGAGAAUGCGACUUUUGGAAAAGUACUCAACAGCACAUGUGUAUUAAGUAAUUCCUUCAAUUUCAAGACCGAUAUAAUUGGAACCAGCAAAACGGUUUAUAAUUAUAUUUACCGUGGAUUUGCUGUUUAUAGAAAAGUGGAACGUAUCGCAAAUUUAGAAGACACUCUAGGUGAAUGUCUGAUAGAGACUGACGAUCGAAUUGAGACAUAUCCUUAUCAUAUCAUAUAUUGUCAUUGCACCUUAAUUUCAAACUUUCUUCAGAAUUCCUCGAUCAUUAUUUGA